CAAAAUGUCAAUGGCAAGCAUCUUUGGACUGUCCACACCUGUGGACAUUGAUGUUCAGUUCAACAAUGAAGACCAACGAAAGCAUGUAGACGUUAAGGUCGAUAAGGAUAGACGCGAGAGUUACCCAGUUUAUCUCGAUGGUGAGACUGUAACCGGAAAGAUUGCAAUUCGUAUCAAGGAUGGAAAGAAGCUUGAACAUAGUGGUAUCAAAGUCGAAUUUGUCGGAAGCAUAGAGCUCUUCUAUGAUCGUGGAAAGUCGCAUGAAUUCUUGACCCUUUCUCAAGAGCUUGCUGCACCAGGAGAACUGCGUCAGAACACACAGUUUGACUUUGAGUUCAAGAAUGUUGAGAAACAGUAUGAAUGCUAUAAUGGAAUUAACGUGAAGUUAAGAUACUUUGUACGUGUUACUGUAGCUCGUCGCAUGCCAGAUAUCAUCCGUGAGCGUGAUAUUUGGGUGUACUCUUACAGAAUGCCUACAGAGGUUAAUAACUCGAUCAAGAUGGAAGUUGGUAUUGAAGACUGCUUGCAUAUCGAGUUUGAAUACAACAAAUCGAAAUAUCAUCUCAAGGAUGUGAUUGUUGGAAAGAUUUAUUUCUUGUUGGUUCGCAUAAAGAUUAAGACAAUGGAGCUAUCUAUCAUUCGUAGAGAGACUACUGGCGCUCUUCCAAACGUCUACAAUGAAAGUGAGACUGUGACCAAGUUUGAGAUUAUGGAUGGUGCACCAGUCAGGGGAGAGACGAUUCCUAUCAGAUUGUUCCUUGGAGGAUUUGAAUUGGCACCCACUUUUAGAGAUGUCAACAAGAAGUUCUCUACUCGUUAUUAUCUUAACCUUGUUCUUAUUGAUGAGGAGAACCGCCGCUAUUUUAAACAGCAAGAAAUCACAAUGUUCAGACGAAAGACUGAUGAUGGAUACCCGCCCGAUGAGGAGUAGUUGAGUAAACUAGAUCUUGUAAAUGUAACAGUAGCUCUACUUCCCUUCUAUUUCAACUCUUUUUUUUUCUGUUCCAAUAAACCAAAGUCCUCUUAAACGUC